AUGUUAUGAGGUGAGCGAGGCAAAAAUAGCUCUGACAUGUCUUCUGCUGUGACCAAGCCCCUCUCCGCUUGGCCCUGUCAAUCACAGACCCAAACAAGAUGGCAGGCUGCAGGAGCUGGCUCCUCUGUUUAACAGUUUGUGCCGUCAGUUUCUUUGAGGCAAAUGCAGAGAUCAAAGUUACCAUUCCUGUGGGGAAGUUAUUUACAUAUGAGCUGCUGAGAGAGUAUUUCCAGAAUGACUUUGAACCUUUGUCAAAACUCUACGCUGGCCGCUUGUACGAUGACCCCAUGAUUUUUAAGUGCAACCAGCAGAGUUUCCCAGACCUCCCAGAGUGGCUGCGCUUCACCCAGAGGCACCCCUACGAUAAUGGAUUCCUGUACGGCACGCCAACUGCUCCAGGAAAAACUAUAAUUGAGAUCUUUGCCAUUAACAAACGAAGCUAUGAAGCAGCCAGACACAUACUUGUGAUCAAAGCCACUGCAGAGAGGAUUCUGCCGUAUGAAGCUGAGUUCUUCAUCAAGCUGAGGGAGAUUGAGAAGGUGCUGCCCUCUUCUGUUCAGGAUGAGAUAAAGCAUGAUCUACAGAAGCUGUGGGACACGGAGGAGUUGGAAAUAGUGAACAUCACAAACGCCCUGGACCGCGGCGGCAGAGUUCCCCUCCCGCUGGCAGGACACUUUGAAGGUGUGUAUGUGAAGGUGGCCUCGGAGCAGUAUUUCUCAGAUUGUCUCCUGAGGGUGCUGACUGCAGAGCAUGAAAAGCAGUGCACAGCUGGAGCCAAGGUCAAGGUCCCCGGAGAAUGUAACUUCUGCAGCAUUCCCAGCAACUGCAUCACCUGGUGCAAGACGGAGCUGUUUGAUCUGACUAAGCAGGCAACGGCUACGCCUGCUCCCCCCGUGGGCUCGGGGAUUCUGGAGGACGGAGGAGACUUCAACCCCCCCGAGUCUCCCCCGAGCAGAGACUUCUUCCCGGACUAUAUCGUGACAGUGAUCGUGCCGCUGAUCCUCGCCAUCAUCCUGUGUCUCCUGCUGGCCUACGUCAUGUUCGGCAGACGAGAGGGAGUUCUGAAGAGGAAUGCAAGAACGAACCAGAUUCAGCUGUACCACCACCACACCAUCCACGGGAACACUGACGAGCUGAGGAACAUGGCGGGACAGCGUAGUUCUGCUUCUCCUCUGUCCACACUGCCCAUGUUCAACAGCCGCACUUUGGAGCGGGCCCCACUGCGGGGUGACAGCCCCAGCAUCCCCCUCAUCCUGGCCCAGCAUGAUCCAUACAGCGACACGCUGCCCAGGAAAUGAGAAGAUGGAUAAAGCCUAACCUUAACCCUUUCCCUUUGUUACUCUGAGUGUCAUUCAUACAGUCUAUGGUUAUAUAUUUGCAGUGGUAAAUCUUUUUUUUUUCUUAAAUUAAAAUAAUAGUUUGUAAAGUUGUUAUUUGCUGCCUAUGACUUUGUUUUUUCCGCCAUCUUUAACUGCCAAUAAAAAAAGAUCAAA